GCCGCUUUCAGCCGAGCUGGAGCGCGCAGGGCCCCUGCUCUUCUGCCAAGGCAAGGGGCAAGGGUCGGUGACCUCGGGGCGCGUCCCGGGUCCGCGUGUGCUAACCCGAGCUCCAGCCCCCGGCCCGCGCCUGGGCCUCCAGCAUGGUGCUGCUGGCUGGGCCCGGGCCGGAGGGCGGCGGGACACGCUGCCUGGCCCCGCAGCCGCCGACGCCACCCCGGGGAGUAGAGACAGGGGACGACCCAACGGACUACGAGGAGUACGAAGACUUCUCCAGUCUUCCGGACACCCGCAGCAUCGCUUCGGACGAUUCCUUCUACCCUCCCGGAGGCGAGGAGGAGUGCAGCGUGGUGAGCGCCGAGAGCGUCCAGGAGGGCGUCCCCGAGGCGGCGACCCUCCUGCGCGCCGCCUGCGCCAACGACGUGGGGCUGCUGCGGGCGCUAGUGCGGCGCGGGCCGAGUUCCGAGGAGGUGCGGGAGACUGAUCGCAACGGCCGGACCGGCCUUAUUGUUGCGUGCUACCAUGGCUUUGUGGAUGCUGUGGUGGCCUUAGCAGAGUGCCCCCACAUUGACGUCAACUGGCAGGACAGCGAAGGGAACACGGCCCUCAUCACUGCUGCGCAGGCAGGGCAUGCCACCAUCACCAACUACUUGCUGAAUUAUUUUCCUGGUCUGGACCUAGAAAAGAGGAAUAUAUUUGGCUUCACUGCCCUGAUGAAAGCAGCCAUGCAGGGCAGAACGGAAUGUGUGCGAGCCCUGAUGAUGGCAGGGGCAGACAUUCAAGCAAGGGAUCCCCGUCGUGGGAUGUCACCGCAGGAGUGGGCUGCAUACACAGGCCGAGAGGAGGCCGUUCGUGUCAUGCAGAGGCUGAUGGAGCGACCCUGUCCUGAGCAGUUUGGGGACAAGUACAAGCUGGAAUUGCCGCUUCCCUCGGAGGCGGAGUUGAAGAGGGCAGGUUCCAAAAAUUGCUUGCAGAGAUUCACUGCGUUCCUUCGGUCCACUCUGACCUCCCGCUCGGGCCAGAGUCUGGAAGAUGGAGGUGUUCUUGAUCACAUGGUCAAGAUGACCACAAGCCUCUACAGCCCCGCUGUUGCUGUCAUCUGUCAGACGGUGUGCCCAGAGAACCCUCCCUGUGUGGGGAAACGACGCUUGGCGGUGCAGGAAAUCCUAGCAGCUAGGGACAACCGGGACUCCCAGGUGCAGGAGAGCAACAAGGUCGAGGAUUGUGAGCCGCAGUUCCAGACUUUGGAGACCCCCACAGCCAGCCCCUGGUCUCCCCAGUCGCCUGGGGCUUCGAGGUCCACCCCUGCCCCUGUUACACGGAGGACCAGCCUCCUGCCUUUGCAGUUGCUGCCAAGGAGAAGCGUGCGGCCAGGCGUGGUGAUCCCCAGAGUGCGCAUCAGCAAGGCCCCUGCGCCCACCUUCCAGCCUGAGCGCGCCACGCCCAAGGGCAGCACGAAGGACAGCACCUACCUGCAGAUCCCUAAGUGGCGCUACAAGGAGGCCAAGGAGGAGAAGAGGAAGGCGGAGGAAGCAGAGAGGAAGCGCCAGGCAGAGGCACAGAAAGAAAGGCGGGCGCCACGCUGGAGGAAAAGGACGUGAAAGGGGCAUGAUGCGCGUGGUACACUUGUGCCUGGUGUGGGGGGCAGCACAGGGAGGCAGCUGAGAGGAGGCGGGUGCUGCAGACAGCACCAGAGAGGGACGCUCCUGACUGCAUCCCAGCCGCUGGGCCAUUCUCCUUUCCUACAUCCACGAAGGGUAGUCCACACUGCUCCCAAGACAGAAUUGGAAAAAGUACAGGUGGUUUUGUUUAAAACCAGUUCCCUGAGCAAUCCAUACACCCACAGGGCAGUUUUACCUAGAAGUCAUCCUUAGAGAACCCCAAGUAAGAAUUAAAAAACCCAAUUUAUCAAAGGUCAUUUUCACAUAAUUUUGUAUUUUGUUAUUUAUGAAGAAUUGCAGCAUUUUACAAGUGACAGGCUCCUUGUAAUUAAGUCAGUUUUAAUACUUGUGUUUGGAGACCCUUUGUUUAAAAUGCUGUCUUUAGCAAUAAAAACUUGUAGUGACUGUGUGAUUUACACAGAAACUCAUGGGAUUCUCCCCCUUUGCCAUUUGGUUCUGGCCUCUGCCUUCUCGUGUCCUAUGGACACACCUACCUGCACACUAGCUUUUCCUAUUAACUUGAGUGAUGCCCAAUGGCUGUUUGUAUUUGAGAAAGGCAAAUCACUUCUAUUCAAAGUGAUCAAGCAAGACAAAGUCUUACUUCUUUCCUUCAUUUUUAAAACUCUUGUUUCUGCCACCACCACCUCCACCACCAUCAUCAACCAUAUCAUUGAAACUGAUUAUGGCACAUUGCAGAAAUAUGUAUGUCGCCAGGACCAAAGUCAUUUUAAAAAGGGGCUUAGAUAGACCAUAGUCCAGGUGAUUUGAGGAAACCGGUUAUUUUAUUUUUUUUUAAAUUUUAUUUUUCUUUUUAGUUACAUUUUGUUAACUCUGUGUCCCAGCUGUAUCCCGCUCCCUCAUUCCCUCCCCAACCCCACACUCCCUCCCUGGUCUCCUCCCUGCCCCUUUCCAAGUCCACUGAUAGGGGAGGACCUCCUCCCCUUUCAUCUGACCCUGUUUUAUCAGGUAUCUUCAGGGCUGGCUGCAAAGUCCUCCUCUGUGGCCUAACAGACUGCUCCUCCCCUGGGGGGGGGGGGGUCAAACAGCCUGCCCUUGAGAUCCUGUUAGAAAUAGUCCGUGUUCCCCUUACUUUGGAAAACUACUUGGUUACUGAGCUACCACGGGCCACAUCCGAGCAGAAGUUCUAGGUUAUAUCCAUAGAUGGCCCUUGGUUGAGUGAAACCGGUUAUUUAAUGGAGGCAGAUUUAACAAAUGAGCAGUAGAAACUAAGUCAUAUGUGCUUGCAAACAGCAAACGUGGAUAUCCUUAAAGUUGCCCAAGAUGCAGAGGGUAGGAAAGUCAGAAUACUGCUCACUUCUGAGAGGUGGGCAGGUGAUCUUCAGAGCUGGUGGGAACACUGCAUACCAGACAGAGUAGUUUAGGGAAGGUUUUCCUGUGGCUGCAUUCUGAUGGUGGCCUACCUUCAACUCCAGAGAGUCCCUUGUGUGUGUAGACAGUUCCCCUUUGAUGAGUGGCCCCCAUGCUUGGCUCAUCCCCACGCCAACUUGAUAGAACUACUAUGUGGGGACUUUGGUAAGGCAGAGAUGGGAUUUACUCUCUUAUCUCCAAAGCACUGAGAAAUCCCAGCUGGGUCUUAGAGUAUCUGUCGCACAUGCACUUUACUUGGAUAUUCAAUGUGAAUACUUGGAAGCUAUAGAUUCAGAAUAUUAGAUUGAUUGGGAAGCCCAUUGCUGAGGUCUGUCUCACACUGGUGGUGGUGGUAGUUCACUUGCCUGAGCUUAUUCCUUCCUAGUUGGUACCAUUGGGCAUUAGGUAACAGAUCUCUUACCAGCUUUCCCCCAAACUCCAUAAAACAGGACCUCAGGCUAUUCCCUGGUAGAUUUGACACUGGCAUCACUGUUCCGUGUUUAAAAAUCAAAUUUUAAUAAGUUUCUCUGUAACCCUAGACAAAUACCAAGAUGAAUGCUUUAGUCUAGACUCUGCUCUAGAACUACUGAUAUUAGCUGGCUGGAUUCACUCUUGAGACCUAGGGCUUUGGUUUGGCUACAUCUCCUUGGAGGCUGUGAGGACUGCAAUCAACCUCAGUUAUCUUUUGGGGUCAUCUUUACUGGCUUUCCUGGCAUUGUGGAUCUUCCUGCCAUAUGUAUGUAAUUUGCAGCACUGCCUAGCUAGUCACAAGCCCCACCACUCCUAGUCAAGGCACUUCCGCAAGGCUUCCAGUCCACAUCCCUCAUGCUGGUUGUCCAUAGGUAUAACAUAAUCAGUUUUAAUCCAUUUCCCUGUUGCAGAGGGGAGCUGUGUGCCACUGCUGUGGCAAGCACCAAGGGUACCACUGCCUUAGUAUUGGACUGAGGCUUCUCAGCAGGGCCUGUGGGAAGCCCUCAUUUCAUUUUCAAGGGCUCUUCCUGGACACCCAACUUGAACUCCCAUAAAAGGCUCCAUUUCUGUAAGUUGGCAUCAGUGCACUGCCAGAUCACACGUCCUGUUUACACUGUGUUAAGGUCACAUUAGAAGUGGCACAUAACCCUGCCAAGGCCGGGUUCCUGCCGCUGACCUAUUAGAGAUGUAUAGUUUUGUUCCCUGCUAAGCAUGGGCGCUGUGGCAAGGGGCUAGUGGCUUCCUUUGUUUCCUGAGUGUUUGGAAGUGGGAUUCUUUCCCUAAGUAUGCUAGCCCUCUCCAGGCACCAGGAUAAUGUUGUUCCUGGCUUCCAAACUGGCAAGGCUGGCUGGCUUCAGGGAAUUAUUACUACUAUUUUUUCAACUUGGAUGUGAGUUGGCAUCUCUCCCCAUUCUGUGGAACUGCCUUUAUCUGAUGGGCCUUGUAUGUUGAGAAGGUAACCGCCAGAUGUCCAGAAGUUUGGGGAAAUUCCCCUCCUCCUACUUCCUGGUGAGCUUUAAUUUGCUUCCUAGGAGGAGAUAUAUUAAGCUGUGAGACUCAGGGAUCCCAGUGAAGAGAAGGCCGGGCCAUACUGUGCUGUAGAGCCUUUUUGGUGUCUCUCCUGAAGUGCAGUCCUAGCUUGUCCAGUGGGAGGCCUGCUCUUCAGCAUAGUAGAUGAGCCUUCAGGAAUUUCCCCAGUCAAGGACAACAUUGCCAAGCCUCUUUCCUCAUUCAAAGGAAAGGAAGCAGGGGUGAUGUCCAGAGUGCCAUAUGGGAGGAGCCUGUGAACAGCACCCACUUACCAAUGCUUGUCUGGACCUUCAGGGUCACCUGGUGUGAGAGUGGGUAGGGGGAAGUGAAGGUGCAGGCACAGAAGUUCACUCCUGUCAAAAGGAAGGAAACCCCCAUCCAUUCAAAGCUACUGGCAUUCUUGUGAAGGAGGCGCCUCAUUCUUAGGCCAUGUCACUAGUUUUAUCUCCUUCUAGUUGAGGGGUUUCCUAGAGAUGUCAUCAGUCCCUGAGGUCUAGAAUCAACCCUAUGGUCCCCAACAUCCAGCAGCAUUGCUUAGGAAUGAUUUUUGUUUGUUGAACAAUUACCUACUCACAAGAGGAGAGGGGGUGAGGCUGACAGAUAGCCCCUUUCUUGCCUGUGUCCAGCAAGUAUCUCUGUGCCUGCUGUGACACCCAUCCCCAGGCAUUCUCUUUGCAUCACCUUUUUUUCCACUUGCUUCCUUCCCCAGUUGAUUAAACUCCUUGCUCAUCCUUGCACCAGAUGCCUUGAGGUCUAAAAUGGUAGAAAAACAAGGCUCUUGAGAAGUCGCUGGUGGUCCCAAUGCAUUAUCAGACUGAGACCUCUAAACUCCGGGAGUGGAUGGAAGGCAGGUGUGUGGCUUCCGGACAUGAGCUCUGCCUUCUGCUUUUUGGAAGGAAGGCCUGGUCCGCUCUCCUGUCCUGGGAGAGCAGAGGAGCAGGCUCAGGGUUCUGCUUGCACUGUGUUUAUUAACUGUAAAUAGUGAAUUCCAAGCUGACAGGUGUCCUCUCAGGGAUUUAUACAUAAAUAGAGUUAGGGGAAAAGCUGAAGUGUAUUUGAAAUCUUUUUGAUGUUUGUGUCGAUUAGGAUUAAACUGGACAGAAGAAAUAUUUCUAAGAUAGUGUCACUGCUGCUCUCUAAGUGAGUUCUGGGGACUUGUCUCUCCGUUGAGAUUUAUGGGGACUGCGGGGGUGGGAACAGCUCUGGACACGAAGCCACUCAGUUGCUUCUGGGUGUAACCGUUGUGUUAAUGGCAACAGCAGAGGUGACUGAACCCCAGAUGACCAUCCGUAGCUCUCCUCAGAGCUGUUUGCUCUGGUCCUUUGGUCCUUUCUCCUUGGUUUCAAGAAUAAAAUGUCUGCAGUCAUUCUGCAGGAACCUACAGGCUCAUCAGGGAGGGUCAGGGAAAGCUAUGCGCAAGGGGCAUGGCAGCCUUGGGCAGUGUACUGGGCUAAAGGAAGACAGCAGGUGGCAGGAGGGACUUGGUAACUUUGUUUCAGCUUCUACCAAGCUCCUGGCCACACUGGAUACCUCAGAAUGAAGUCAUAGUGGCAAGGCAUUUUCCUCUCAGCUUUGGAGGCUCGUCCUGCAUUUCAGGAUAGAGAGGAUUCAUGAUCUUGGCUAGAGAAUGGGUUUAUAGACUCAGGAGGGUGUGCCAAGCAGUCUCUGCCCAUUCCUUCCAGGCUGGCAGCUGGGAGCAGGUCUUUGGAGUAGAGAUACUUUAUAGGAGAGAUAGAGGCUUGUGGGGAGGGGCCCGGCUUCAGUCCUGAAAUGAUGGAAAGCUUGCCACCCCCAGGAGUCUGGAAGCGUCAACAGUUACUCCCCAUGCUGCUCAGAGGGACAGUGUCUUACCGUAAACUCCCUCCUCCUAUGUUGUAAGGAGCCUUUUCUCUUCUACUGUUUUCCAGCAGGCUCCCCCAAGUCUCCAGUGCCGGGCACUGUCUGGAUUCUGGUUUGUGCUGCCAGCCCUUGGCUCCUUCAAGCUGGGCAACAGUAUGGAGGGCAACAGCUUCUAGAGAAUGAAUGAAGGAACCCAGACUGUGAUGGAUCUUUAAAAACAAAACAAAACAAACAAACAAACAAACAAAAAACAAAAAAAGGUCACAUUUAUAACAAAAGGUCAGGACCAUUAAAGCGAGCAUAGUGUUAACCACAAAAAAUGAAAAGCAAUGUCUUAGUCACUCAUUCCCAGUUCUGCACAUCUGUGUAACUGGAGUCAGCUAGUCAUUUCUUUGCCCCUGAAUUCACAUGUGUAUUCCCUAACAUUUUAGAUAAGUGGCUGGAAAUUCUCCCGGAGGCUUUAUUUAUUAUUACAGAAGCAACAAUGCUAUCAGGUAUGCCACCUGGGUUGGUUCAGCUGGUUUUCAGGUGUUACUUUUGGAUGCCAGUGCAACAGAUACAGUUGUCAUAUUCUGCCUGAAGUAAGACUGUGAUGAAAGGCGAAGCCCCAUUGGCAGCCCUCAGCAGCAGGUUAUUAAUGGGGACCCACUUAAACGUGCAAACCAAAGGGCCAGGACUCUGUGCUUGUAAAUGUUCUGUCUGCAGUGGGUCGCAGUGACCCCCAGGAAAUGUCAUUGAGACCUGUCCUGUUUUGAUGGUGUACAUUCAGACAAGUUGAAAGGCCCGAGGGUGUACCUGGAGUCCCCCGACAGUGUGAAGCCUGAUAUGGCUGGAGUUUUCUCUACCUAGACUGUUGUACUGGAACACAGUGCUGACCCAGGCGGCGAGGAGCAAAUAAUGUGGCUGUGUCAGAUUCAGCUCUAGCUGUGGCAUGUGACAAUUGAAGGAGGGAGCCAGACCCAAGAAGAGCCUCCUGAGGAUGGGGGUAGGCUGGUGGGGCCGGCACAGGGUCGCCCUUGGCAUCUUACGCUAAGGGCGCAAUGGCAGUCCUCAGUCUGCCUCGGUCUUAGCUCUGCUGACCGGUGCUGGCAUUCUCUUGGCUGUGAUGUGACCCCUCCUGUUGCUUUAGAGGAAAAUGUAGAUGGAAGAAAAAUGAAGCUGGCCAUUGCAGGGAAAGCAGUGGGCUGUGCUGACCUGACCCUUUAUGAACUUUGAGGAGUAGUAAUCAGGCACCUAACAACACCAGUUAGAAAGGUCUAGGAACUGGUUCAAAAUGGUGCAACUCUAAAUACACCUCUCGGAGAGUGUGAGGGACACUAUAUCAGCCUCAGCCAUCCUCCCCCUGAACCCCGAAGUGGAAUUAGGCUGGUGUUAGAACCCAGAGCUCCGGUCAAGUGACUUGCUUGGUUCAACUGAUAGUUCUGGAAAUCAAUAAGAAGAGAGUCGUGCCCAGCGUUGCCUGGGCAUAUGAGAAUCUUCAGCAGUGGAGGCUGGGCGGGUAUGGAAUGGAAGCAGGCUUCUGCAUGGUCAGUGGUCAGGUCUGCCUCUGGGUUGAGCUCUGUUUUCUGAAUGGGAAGCAUUUUCCUCUGUCAUUUCUAUAAUUUCCAUAAAUCAGUUUCCAGAUGUUGUAAAGUUGUUGAAUUAUGAAUACUACUGUAAAUUCCAGAGUGUUUUAUUUUGAGAUGAGAGUUUUGCUAUAGUUUAUAUAGGAUAUUUUCCUACGCAGACCUCAGGGCUAUCUUGGGACCACCACUAAGUGUGGCCCUCCCAGCAGCUUCAAUUCUGGUUCAUAACCUGUAAGUUAAAUGUGAUAUUAUUCAGCAGGAAGAAUGUGUUCCUCUUUUAACUUCUGACAAAUUUUGUUUUAAAGGUCUAGAAAAAAGAGACACUAGAAAAAAAACACAAUGGUAAAAGAAUUAAAAACUAACUGUAAAAUAAACGUUCUCAUGGCAUAAAAUUGUGAUAUUUGAAUUAACUUAUGUGCAUAAAUUAUUUAAAAACUAUGAAACA